GUGCUCGGAAGGGACCUGGGGGGAGCUUAUGCGCAGGCGCGGGCCGCUCAAAUCCACCCAGGAACGAACCAAAGUUCUCUUUUCGGUCUCAGACAUGGGCACACCGCAGAAGGAUGUUAUUAUCAAGUCAGAUGCGCCUGAUAUGCUAUUGUUAGAGAAGCAUGCAGAUUAUAUCGCGUCCUAUGGCUCAAAGAAAGAUGAUUAUGAAUACUGUAUGUCUGAGUAUUUGAGAAUGAGUGGUAUCUAUUGGGGUCUGACUGUAAUGGAUCUCAUGGGACAACUACAUCGGAUGAAUAGAGAAGAAAUUCUGACAUUUAUUAAAUCAUGUCAACACGAGUGUGGUGGAAUAAGUGCUAGUAUCGGACAUGACCCUCAUCUUUUGUACACUCUAAGUGCUGUCCAGAUUCUUACUCUGUAUGAUAGUGUUAAUGUUAUUGAUGUAAAUAAAGUUGUGGAAUACGUUCAGAGUCUACAGAAAGAGGAUGGUUCGUUUGCUGGAGAUAUUUGGGGAGAAAUUGAUACAAGAUUCUCUUUUUGUGCGGUGGCAACCUUGGCCCUGUUGGGGAAGCUAGAUGCUAUUAAUGUGGAAAAGGCAAUUGAAUUUGUUUUAUCGUGUAUGAACUUUGAUGGUGGAUUUGGUUGCAGGCCAGGUUCUGAAUCCCAUGCUGGGCAGAUCUAUUGUUGCACAGGAUUUCUGGCUAUUACUAGCCAGUUGCAUCAAGUAAAUUCUGAUUUACUCGGUUGGUGGCUUUGUGAACGACAGUUACCAUCAGGUGGACUCAAUGGAAGGCCAGAGAAGGUAUUGUUUCAUAAGAUAUACUGUGUUCUAAUAGCUUUAUAGCCACUAUAGCUUCUUGUAAAUUGAUAAUGUGCUUUUACCCCUCCCCGCAUUGCAAUUUUUCAGUUGUACUUCCUAAAAAAAUGCUCUUGGCAAAAGUAAAACAACUGGAGUGGAGCUACUUAUUAAUUAUGGUAUCCAUUUAAAAGACUCUUGAGGAAAAGAUGUGUAUGCUACCUUCUGAUGAUCUUUUUAUGACAAAGCUGUCUUCUGGUUUUCCCUAUCCUGAAGUGGAUUCUGGAGUUAUCUGAAGGAAAACAAAAAAAUGUCAAAUUGCUUUGAAAUAUAUUUGUAUUC